AUGGCCGAUCGGCAGACCUCCUUGCUCCUCCAUGGCGUUGCUGAUGCGCUCCCCUCGCUGUUGGGGCCAUCGUCUGUCCGCCUCGCAGCACUGGCGAGAGGCAUGUUCAAAGGUGUGCAUAGUUUUGUUCGGCGUUCUUGUUUGGCUGAACAACCAUGGCUCUUGGUGACCACAGAAGACGCAAGCUUUGCUCUCCGGACAGGUGAUGGCCUGUUGAUGCCAUGGCCAAGUGAUUUUCAAGUGGAUGCCGUGCUGUGUGUUGCCAAGAUCCAACACAUCUUUGCCAUGUCUUCAGAAACCGCAGAUUCGAAGCUCUGUGCUUGGGACCAGUGGGAUGGCCAGACAAAAUGGCAGGUUCAGACUGGUCGGAAACUCUUGCGUCCGCUCUACUUCCUAGACAAUAUCUGUGCCCUUUGUGCUGGUUGCUUUGAGGGUGUUCUUCUUUGGGACGCUCUUAGUGGUGUGAACCUCCGACAACUGGCCACGCCGCUACCAGCAGACCGGAUUUGGUACUUUGAUGAGCCCAACUUGCUAUGUGCACGAAGCAGUGAAGUCUUGGGGCUCACCUCGCAGCUGCUGGUUUGGAGCACAUGCAAGUGGCAGACAGAAAAGACAACUGAGAUUUCAUGGGAGAAGACCAGUACCGAGAUGAUUAUGGCCGUCACUUGUAACCAUCGGCACCUGUUUGCCCGCUUGGGUGCAACAAUACAUGCCUGGGAUGCUACGACUGGCCGAGAGCUUUGGAGGUGGAAGGAGCAGAUGCUGCCGCGCUUGCCAACUGUCCCCACCCAGAUUCAGCAUGUGAGUGGCAGACUGUAUGUGGCCGCAGGCCAUUUCAUUUUUGCUUUGGAUGUGGACAGCGGGGGUUUGCUCUUCAAAAUUGCGACUGUUGGGUCUGUGGUCAAAGCUUUCCCUAUCGAUGCUUCCAGUACUUGCAUGGCCUCUUUGAUCAGAUCCAGUGGCUAUGCCCUGGGCUUUUUGGACCUGUCUCAAGGUGCUUUGCAGCUGGCAACGUUGAAAAGGGGCGAAAUUCCCAAGACAUCAAUCACAUGGAAAAGCUUAGUCAUUGUGGCGAUCACUUGGGAUUCAUGUGAUGAUGGCAGCGCCUUAUUGGCGUGGGACUUCUCAAAUGGAAGCUUUCUUUGGGACACAUGCUUUGAGAAGACUCUGCAAAGUCUCUCAUCAGACAGCUGCUGCAUUUUCGCAGGGGGCGUUGAUUUUGUCUCCGCUGUGAAUCCGCAUGAUGGGUCCCUGCUUUGGGCGACUGAAAUUGAUGGGAUGGCCAAAGCCUUGACCUUGAUCUCACCACAGCGGAGGAAAAAUGCGUUUCCAAGCAGUUCCGAGCAGUCAAGAAAAGUGUCAGUGGAUGGUCAAUACUUUGAUUUGCACCCUUCUACUCAGGCAUUCUGCUUUGUCUUUUCUUUGCGCUUGGCACAAGGCUUACGUGUUCCUCAUGAUGGCAAGCUCAUGGUCAUCAAGGCGGAACUGUGGCCGCUUCUCUUUGCAGAUUCCGACGUCUCUGGAUGUCAAAAAGCAGAAAGACGAUGA